CUCUGGUUGCUUAUCUCACUGCAAGCCAGAAAUUCGAGGAGAAUUGCGAGCCGGGUGCUCCGAGCUCUCUCAGCUAUGGCAGCUCAGGGAGCAGCUGGUGCCGUGCAGACAAUCUCUUCUCAACCAAGGCCUCGUACGUCAGGAACUGCUCCGCCUUCGCACCCUACUUCCUGUCAUGCAAUCGUCGCCAGGCGGUGGGCGAGGAAGGAUGGAAUCGGAUUCAGCGCGAGCAACAAGCCCCUGGUCGUCAAUGCUGAGAAGAAGAAGUCCGGCGGCGGAGGAGGAUUUUCGUUCGGAGAUCAGCUUCUCGAUUAUAUAGAAGGAGGUCCGAAGUUGAGAAAAUGGUAUGGGGCACCGGAACAGAUGCCCAGAAGUGAGAGCCAGGACGAGGAAGAAGAUGAAGCCGAAGAAGAAGAAGAACCAGAGGAAGAUACGGUCCGCGAUGUGGUACUCGUCACGGAUGCCGACAGCGAAACAGGUCAGCUGAUAGUUUUGGAGCUCAUUCUGAAGAGAUUGCGGGUGCGUGCGCUCGUGAAAGACAUAAAAUCGGCAACAGUAGGUUUCGGUGCGUACGUGGAGCCAGUAGAAGGAGACGUCAAUGACAGGGCGAUACUGAAAUCGUCCCUCCGAGGAGUACGUGCCAUAAUUUGCCCCACGAAGGUGGGAGGACUAGCAGAUAGAGAACUUGUAAAAGGGGUGGAGCACAUUGUUCUGCUCUCUAAGUUGACUGUAAAUAGAAAUCAAGCCGGAUUGGGAUCGCUCUUCGGUGCCCUGGGUCGACGAGACGCUGAGGAGAAUGAGGCCGCCAUUUCUUCUCUCGGGGUCCCGUACACGAUCGUCCGAGCAGGUGCUCUGAAAGAUGAACCGGGUGGUCAGCUCGGAUUCAGCUACGGACAGGGUGGCAGUGUUCAGGGCACCAUCAGCAGACAAGACGCUGCUUACGUUUGCGCCGAAGCCCUCGAUGCUCCCCCUGAAAAUGCGCUGGUUUUCGAGGUGGUCAAUGGAGCGGAGGACGUCGAAGAUUGGAGUGCCGUAUUAACGUCAAUGAAAGAAUCAAGGGCAGCACCUUCAUGAGCUCCAAGGUUGUGGACUGCAAUGUUCUCAGCCCAACCACAAAUCGACGGGUGGAAAUCGUUACGACUCGGGUCAGGCAUUCUCUGGCGCGCGGUUGAUGGUUUUAGCCUGCAGGUGCAAGUUCCAGGAGGAGCAUCUGCUGAUUUGCAGAGCUCCGCUAUGGUUGUAUUGUAAGAAUGUCAACUUGUACAUUAAAUCAAAAACAUUUGAACUCCGAGGUAUACAUCGAUGUGGCAUCCGAUAAUGACUGUACUCUCGUCUUAGGCCACU